AUGGAUGUGCGUUACAGUGGACGCAGGUCCUAUCGUUCUGCUACAGUUAUUCAGUUUCAAAGGUUAGAAGAUCCUCGUAUUGCCCUGCGUAACUCGCAGCUAAACAAGGUUGUUGUCCCACCUGACUAUGGCAAUACCUCCAACACUCCUGUUCCUUCAACUCGCGGAGGUGAAUUGGCUCAGACGACCCUCUCCUACGAGCAAAUCAAAAGUCAACUAUUGUCUCAGGGACUUUUGUUUGAAGAUCCCGAAUUUCCAGCCACGAACGACAGUUUAUACUAUAGUGGACCACCAAGUAUGCACAUCACUUGGCUUCGACCACACGAGAUAUGCAAGAAUCCACAGUUCAUUGCCGGAGGCGUGUCCCGCUUCGAUGUAUGUCAAGGCGCUCUUGGGGAUUGCUGGCUUCUUGCCGCCAUCGCGUGUCUGUCACUGAAAAGCAAUUUAGUUGCCCAAGUCGUCCCGGAAGAUCAGGAUUUCACCACUGACUACUGUGGUCUUUUCCGUUUUCGGUUUUGGCGGUAUGGAGAGUGGAAGGAGGUUGUCGUUGAUGAUCGCUUGCCUACAUCGAAUGGGUCGCUUGUUUAUAUACAUUCGACAGCCAACAACGAGUUUUGGUCAGCUCUUUUGGAGAAGGCUUAUGCCAAGCUUUGUGGUUCAUACGAAUCCUUGAAAGGAGGAAUGACCAGUGAGGCUCUGGAGGACUUCACCGGUGGGAUUGCAGAGAUAUUUGACUUGAAGUCUAAAUGUUCACCUGAUUUGUUGAACAUAAUGCUCAAGAGUCAGGAGCGUAAUUCUCUCAUGGCCUGUUCCAUUCAGGCUAAUCCGGCCAUACUCGAAGCUAUAUUACCAAAUGGCCUUAUCAUGGGUCAUGCGUAUUCAGUCACUGCGGUGAAAAUGAUAGAUGUAUCGAUUCCCGGAAAACCUGGCCAGAUACCGCUAGUGAGGGUUCGUAAUCCGUGGGGUAAUGAAGCAGAAUGGAAAGGCCCUUGGAGUGACAAAUCACGAGAAUGGUCGCUCAUCUCGGACGAAAUGAAACUCAAAGUUGGAUUGACCUUUGAAAAUGACGGAGAGUUUUGGAUGUCAUUCCAGGACUUCGUGAACAAUUAUGAGAAACUGGAGAUGUGUCACCUUGGACCACAAUCGGUAGGUGGGCUAUCGGAUGUUACUGGACGGAAAUGGGAAAUGUGCAUUGAACGAGGUAGCUGGAAAUCCCGAGUGUCCGCUGGAGGUUGCCGUAAUUUCCUCGACACUUUUUGGAUCAACCCGCAAUUUAUUAUUGAUGUGGUCGAUCCCGAUGAAGGGGAUGAUAGCAACUUCGGAACAAUAAUCGUUGGAUUAAUGCAAGUAGACAGGCGGCUACAACGUGACCAGGGAGGAGAAAAUCUGACAAUUGGUUAUUCAAUCUAUGAAACUCCAGAACAUCUGAAGGGUACGUUAUCGAAAAGAUUCUUCAAGUACCAUGCAUCGACAGCGCGGUCGCCCGCCUACAUCAAUAUGCGUGAGGUGUGCGGACGGCAUCAGCUAAAACCGGGACGCUAUGUCAUUAUUCCUUCCACCUUCCAACCAGGUGACGAGGCUGAUUUUGUUCUGCGAAUCUUCUCCGAGCAGCCUCAAUCGACCCAGCAACUGGACGAAGAAACUGGCCUCGUUCAGCCUGGGGUUGUAACGACCAAUUUGAACGAUGCACAAGUUGAUGCCCUAAGGCGUGCCUUUGUCAAAGUGGCCGGCCAAGAUGGUGAAAUAGAUUGUGAGGAACUUCGCGAUAUCCUGAAUGUGGCAUUCACGCGAGGUACGUGUUCUUACUUCAAAUUCGAUGGAUUCAGUUUGGAAUCAUGCCGUAGCAUGAUUUCCAUGAUGGAUUUUGACCGAUCGGGUAUGCUCAAUUUCGAAGAGUUCAAGAACCUGUGGAAUUCACUUCGACUUUGGAAGACUGCCUUCAAGAAAUUCGAUGUCGACAAGAGUGGGAAUAUGAACUCAUUUGAACUGCGAAAUGCUCUCAGAUCUGUAGGUUUUUCAAUCAGUAACGCCAUUUUCGACACACUUGUGAUGAGGUUCUCAAAUCGCGAUGGCAAUGUUCCAUUCGACGAAUAUGUGAUAUGCUGUGCGCGUCUGAAAACCUUAUUUGAUAUGUUCAAAGCGACUGUGGACAACACAAGUGGAAAGGCAUCGUUUGAUGAGCACUCGUUCGUAAACGCGGUUCUCUAUAUGUGA